AACGCAAGCAAUACAACAACAAAAACAGCAUAAACAAGAAAUAAUUUUUUCUUUCAUGAUUGAAGUUCUACUGACAUUUCAGAAAUGAGUGUGAGGGGAAAUGAAAGAAAAUAAUCUACCUUGUGCAUAUUGAAAAUGAUUUUGAUUUGCAGUUUUAUAAAUUCAUUUUGAUAUGCUAAAUUGUUUUGAAAUAAAAUUGAUUUACAUUACUGGAUGUUAUAUACAUACCUAGUUCUUAUUUGAAAAGAGUGAAAAUAUUAAAUUAUAGAUUGCUGCUUAAAUGAAUAUUAUGCACAACAAUUUUGAUGGUGUUUGUUAAACGGAAAAUAUACAUACGGAUGGGAAUAAUAAGAAAAAUUAAUUGAAAUGUUCAUCGGCGUUUCUUCCUUGCCAUACAUACUUCGAAUGUGUUUAACUAAAAAGUAAUCAUCAAGCAUAUUUAUUGUACCUUUAUACUCUCUGCCAUGUUCUCGAUAUAAUCAUCAUAAAAACAUGUCGGAACCACGAAAUUUACAACCAGCACUGCAGUUUUAUGCAGCCGCUGCUGCUGCACAAUUUACACCGAGAUCAGGAAUGGUUAAUUGGCAACCAUUUCUGCAAUUUGGAAUGUCAUUUCUUAAUCAUCAAACAUUAUCGAAUAUUGCCAACAAAAACAGUAUUAAUAAUAAUUGUGGAAUCGGAAUUAAAAAUAGCAAUAAAAAACCAAACAUCGACCACUCAUCCCUAAAUCCUACAUCAAGCAGCGAUGAUUCAAACGAUGAUCAGAGUUCUCACGUAGAUGAAGACAAUAGUUUUUCGAAAAAAAGACGAUCUAGAACUAAUUUUAAUUCAUGGCAGCUUGAGGAAUUAGAGAGAGCAUUUUCAGCUAGUCAUUAUCCCGACAUAUUUAUGAGAGAAGCACUAGCAAUGAGACUGGAUCUGAUAGAAAGUCGAGUAGCUGUAUGGUUUCAAAAUAGACGAGCUAAAGUGAGAAAGAGGGAAAAUACAAAGAAGGGUCCAGGCAGGCCGGCACAUAACGCACAACCUCAAACAUGUUCUGGAGAGCCAAUACCAUCAAAUGAGAUAAAAGCUCGAGAAAAAGCGCGCCGUAAGAAAAGGAUUAAUAAAGCUGUUGAUAGACAAGCACGUAAGCUUCGAGCUAAGGGUAUUUCAGUAGAUAUGGAAGCUUUGAGAACUGACUAUGUUGCACAACAAUAUGGACAAAAUUACAACACAUCAGAUAGCGACGAUAAUGAUGAGGAUACAAUCGAUGUAGUAGGUGAUGCAACAGAUGGAGAUUCUCAACGACAAAUAGACUGUAUAGAUUAUAAUAAAACUUCCAAAAAUUUCUCGAAGACAAACUUUUUUAGUAUUGAAAGAAUCUUAUGUAAAAGUUCGUGAAAUAUGCUAUAUUUAAAGUUAUUAUAUAAAAUGAUUAAAAAAUCUUAAACUGAAGUCUUGAGUAGUAUUCAUUCUUCAUUAAAGUUUAAGAAAGUAGAAUGGCAAUAUAAAAU